CUUCCGGGCAGGGCUGCGGCCCCGCCCCGCGGCCCCGCCCGCGUCACGAGGUCCCAGCGUUUAAAUCGACCGGCCCGGCGCCUGGCCCGAAGUGACCCGUGACUGCCGAACCCGCCGCCAGGAUGAUGGUCGGGGGGCCCAGCGAGGAGCGGCCGGCCACGGCCCAGACGCAGGAGCUCGCGGACAAGGUGAAGCUCCAGCUUGAAGAGAAGGAAAACCGGAAGUACUCUGUUUUCAAGGCCGUGUCCUUCAAGAGCCAGGUGGUGGCAGGGACCAACUACUUCAUCAAGGUGGACACUGGGAACCAGAACUUCUUGCACCUUCGGGUGUUCGAGAGCCUCCCGCAUGAGAAGAAGCCCCCAGUGCUGGCCGCCUACCAGACCAACAAGUCCAAGCACGACGAGCUGUCCUAUUUCUAGGCCCUGCCCCACGCAGCCUGUGUUGGGGACCUCGGCGUAGAGCAGCUUCUCUUAUACUGUGGUCCCAGGGUCUUUGUGUGACUCCCCUCCCAGUGAAUGCUCUUAAUUGUUGCCCAGAGACCUCUACAUUAUUGAUCUUUAAAUAAAUAUUUUUGAAGUC